ACACGGAAUGCGCACGCGCCAUCUCCAUACGUGGCGCAUACGUGUGUGUAGCAUAUGACGUGUAUGUGUGUAUUUGCUGUGCGCUGUUCACGUUCAUUGCUGCGCGAACGAGAACGAGUGCGAAGACUGCGAAGGUGUCGGGAGGUGCGGAGUAAAAGCUGAUUGAGCGCUGCCAGGAGGCUGCCCUCGAUGGAUUCGCGUCGCUCGUCGUGCCGUUUACGUCCACCAUCACUAGUUAACCUAUCGACACUCGUUUAACGCUCGCGCCGCCACCCCCGUUUACGAGACCCACAACCACAUUUCGCCCUUCGCGAUUCUAACCUAAGAUAUCGCCCACACACGACGGCCGCCGCACGCGAGAAAGAAAGAGAGGGAGAGAGAGAGAGAGAGAGAAACACGAAAGCCAUGCUCCUUUGAUAGAGACAACACGUCGUCGUCGACACGGACGGACUCUACAUCGGCGUGCAUCGCCGGAGACGUCGUCGAUCGACCGAUAAAGGCCCUGACGACCGGGAACGGCGUUUGUCCUAAGUGCAGUUACUAUACCUAUAAACCUAAUAUCGCUGCAUAUAGUAAUGUCUGUCCCUCCUUCGUCCUCCAAUAAUAUAUCUGACAAUAAUAAACUAGGCGGCGCAAGUCCUAGUCCAAUCGAAGGUAUUGAGGGAAUACCAGGACCUAGUUCUUUGGAUCCUAUGCAUUCAAUAUUGCCACAAGAUGAAGAAUCUGAGGAUUAUGGAGAUGACGAAGAUGAGGGCGAUGAAGAAAGUAGUGAAGGAGAAAGUGAAAUUAGUGACAGUGGAUUGUUCUGCGAUACCGAAUGUACCGAAGUUGAAAGCAACAAUGGUCAAUCGCCUGUAUCGCAAUCUCAAAUGGUUAUCUCUGUACAAUGUCCAAUGUUGCCUACUAGCGUGUCAUCAGAUGUUGUCCAGCCUCAAAGAAAGCGAAAGACUGAAACCGAUUGCUGUUUACCAUGUAAAAAACUUAAUCCAGAAGAAAAGUCUCAUACUAUGACUACAAGAAAAUUAGAUGAUAAAGGUAAACAUGUGAGAUGUGUCAUUCCUACAAAGGAUAAUCCUCCUCCAGAACUGAGUAGUUGGCUUUUGCAAUUUCAGAGAUGGUCAAACGCGGAGAGAAUGUUAGCAAUAGACGAAUUAAUAGACAGAUGCGAGCCUACACAGGUGCGUCACAUGAUGCAGGUGAUAGAGCCUCAGUUUCAGCGAGAUUUUAUAUCGCUCCUACCGAAAGAGCUAGCGUUAUCGGUGUUGGCAUUCCUGGAACCGAAGGAUCUCCUAAGGGCAGCGCAAACCUGUCGAAAUUGGCGAUUUUUAGCCGACGACAAUCUACUUUGGAAAGAAAAAUGCAAGGCGGCCGGCAUAGAAGACUUGAAAGAUCUGCCACCGCUGAAACGCAAAAAUUGCCGUAACGGCAGUCACUCGUCGCCAUGGAAACAGGCUUAUAUGCGACAGCAUAAUAUUAAAAUGAACUGGAGAACAAAACCGAUCCGUACACCAAAAGUGUUGAAGGGUCAUGAUGAUCAUGUUAUUACAUGCUUACAGUUUUCCGGCAAUCGAAUAGUUAGUGGUUCUGAUGACAAUACUCUCAAAGUGUGGUCCGCCGUGACAGGCAAGUGUUUACGGACAUUAGUUGGGCAUACCGGUGGCGUGUGGUCUUCGCAGAUGUCCGGCACGAUCGUUAUCAGUGGUAGUACGGAUCGUACUUUGAAAGUGUGGAAUGCGGAGACUGGCCAUUGUAUUCACACUUUAUAUGGUCAUACGUCGACGGUGAGGUGUAUGCAUCUGCACGGUAACAAGGUCGUCAGUGGUAGUAGGGACGCGACGCUAAGAGUGUGGCAAGUGGACACGGGAGAGUGCUUGCAUGUUCUUGUGGGACAUCUAGCGGCGGUCAGAUGUGUGCAAUAUGACGGGAAGUUGGUGGUCAGUGGUGCCUACGAUUACAUGGUCAAAGUUUGGAAUCCGGAGCGCGAGGAGUGCCUUCAUACCUUACAAGGACAUACCAACCGCGUUUAUUCCCUCCAAUUCGACGGUGUGCACGUUGUUAGCGGAUCGUUGGACACGAGCAUAAGAGUGUGGGAAGUAGAAACCGGUGCUUGUAGACACACUCUGAUGGGUCAUCAGUCUCUCACCUCGGGAAUGGAAUUGCGCAAUAACAUUUUAGUAUCAGGCAAUGCUGAUUCUACAGUUAAAGUAUGGGACAUUGUUAGCGGUCACUGCCUUCAAACUCUCUCCGGUCCGAACAAGCAUCAAUCGGCGGUUACUUGCCUUCAGUUCAAUAGCCAUUUUGUGAUUACGUCCUCUGACGAUGGUACAGUAAAACUCUGGGAUGUUAAGACUGGUGAUUUCAUUAGGAAUCUAGUUGCUCUGGAUAGCGGGGGUAGCGGCGGAGUCGUGUGGAGGAUUCGAGCAAGUGAUACGAAACUAGUGUGUGCAGUAGGUAGUCGUAAUGGUACCGAAGAGACGAAACUGCUUGUCCUCGAUUUCGACGUUGAGGAGUAUUUGUCAACGGUAGCAGACGAAUAUGAUGGGACGACUGAGACGUAUUGAAACUACAAGGCAAAAUAACAUUAUAUUUGAAGAAUCUCAUACUUCCUGGAGCACAAACGAGAAAACUAUCGACGACAAUUUCGACACACUCAUUGGAACUAUACGGAUUUUUUAAUGAGAAAUUUCAAACGUCUGUCUACAUCAAAACAUAAGUUUGUAUAAUUUAUUGAUCGAUUUGCGCGUCAAGCUGAUUUUUUUAGCUUCGAUAUUUCCUGAUCAUGUAAGACUUUAGAUUUUAUUACUUACUUGUAUAAACAUCGUGAUCUGGUUAAAAACAAAUAUUUUUAUAAAUGUUUACAAACUGAUAUUUUCAUAUUAUUGACAUUUACUAGAGGAGCAUGAUACUCUUAGCAAAUGAAUUAUGAAACAAAUCAAUAAUACAAUUUUUUUUUACAGUAGGGUUUUAUGUCUAUAUCAUAGAAACUUCUCUAUUUUAGAAUAAUUGGAAUUAAGCUUACCCUUUAAUCUGAAAUUUUCUGCUGUCUUUGUCUCACUCUAUAUAUGAUCAUGUAAUGAAUAUAGUAAGGAAAUAGCAUAUGAAGAGAAUUUCAGAGAUAACUACUCUAAAAUAGAGAAGAUCUAGAGUAAAAGAUUUUCCAACGUUACAUAUUUCACUCUGUCAUGGUGCAAUAUACAAAAAUAGCACACUUGUUCAUGUGCAAUACAGAUUUAUAGAACAGUGAACUAAUAUAAGCUCAUAAAGCAGGAUAAUACUUUUAUUUUCGGUUAAAAAUUUUUGUCAGUGAGUGAAUUUACUAACGGGAGAAUAUUUGUAUUAGCCAGAUCUUUUCCAUUUAACGCGAAUUGCGUAAAGAGAACAUAGAUCAUCCUGCAUCAAUUGACGAAUUUUACAUGGAUUCUACUGAAUCAUAUCAUGAAUAGCAUUAUUAAUAAUGCAAUUUGUGCAAAUGCAUCUUUAUUAUUGGACCUAGGUUAGACUAGGUGUCGUGUUUAUUUGUAUAUUGCUCAAUAGUUUAUAUUAUAAGAAUGUGUUACCUGUUGUAUCAUUUUUUUUAUAAAAAAUAGAAAAAAAUGUUGCUACAUA